CUCUCAUGCCUCUUCCGCUCAUCUUCCUGGACACUUUCCACUUGCCAACUGAUUCCCUCACUCUUGUCGAUCUGGACGGACGUAAAAUAAUUUCGACCACGACCACGACGACAACCAAAGCAAUUCAAGUUCAAGUUCUUUCUUGGCCUGCUAGCAGACUAAAAAUUGAAUCACGAAUUAAUUAAUAUUCUAGAACCUGCAAAGGUGAAAGCAUAAAAUAUGUUUACAGGUAAACAAAUUGAAAGUGGCUCCGUUGACUCAAACAGUGAAAUUAAUUCACACAAAAUGGGAACCUCUGCAAACUCGUCAACAGAGCAGUUCAACAUCCGCUGGAAAAACUACACUUCUGUUCUCCAAUCCGUUUUUCGUGACCUUCUCGAAGAGGAAAGACUUGUCGACGUCACUCUCGCUUGCGAAGGUGGUUUCAUCAAAUGUCACAGAAUAAUUCUCUCCGCCUGCUCAUCAUAUUUCGAAAAUUUGCUAAACGAGCUUCAAUCUGAGCCGCAUUUGGUUAUUUUCAUGAAGGAUUUAAAACUAUGGGAGUUACAAGCACUAAUUCAUUUCAUGUACAAUGGGCAAGUCAGUGUUACACAAAACCGACUCGCACCGCUGGUUCGUGCAGCGGAAGCUCUUCACAUUCGAGGUCUCAGCACCGAGUCUGACGAGAAACAGUCUCCCAGUAGUCAUCUAGGGAUAAGACGGAACAGUCUGGACCAAGACGAGUCGUUCGAUUCAGCACCACCACAACCUCAAAAGAAAGUAAUUCGAAGGACACCAUUGGGGGUGGCUAAUAAGCCAGAACAGAAACCAACAGUGGGUGGAGCGACAAGCAGCUCAGCGGCAGCUCCUAUUACUCAAUCCGUAAAGCGACCUUCCAUGUCCUCCAAUGGCGGUGGAAGUAGUGGUAGUUCAUCAGGCCCCCCAAAACUUUUGAAAAUGAGGAGAAUUGAAACUCCAGAGGCAUCUACAUCAUCGUGGUCACCAUCGUCUAAUUUAGCAUUGCAGAACAAGUCGUCGUCAAGUAAGUUGGGAAGCCGAAGAAACACGACAGAGUUGGAGGAAUCUCAGUCUCACCGAUUGAAUGGAGAAUACGAGAAAGGGGAUGAAGAUAUGAGCAAGGAAGAAGAAGAUUACAACAUGGACAAGUUGUCAGAAUCCGCUGAAUGCGAUGGUGACCCGUUGGGUGAAGGAUACUCCGAUGAAGUUGAUAACACGUACGACGACGGCACAUUAUACUCAGAACAAGCAACCUCUGGACAAGCUUAUCUACUUGAUGCACGUCCAAUUGCAGCAAGAAUUGCCGACCCACCCAUUAGCGGCCCCGUCGUAGAUGCAGCAGACAGAGCCAACAGACUGAAAAAAGCUACCGAUCUCGCCCUAUCUGGAAUAACUGUUCGCCAAGCCGCCGCCCAUUAUGGCAUUCCACGAACGACUCUUUGCGCAUAUAUGAAACGACGAGGUUUAUCCGGAAAAAGGUUAACAAAUGCUACUGGCGGAUCCACGUUCACGUAUCAAAAUCAGUAUCAACAAGCUGACCCCACAGCCGCAGAUGAGGAAGAUGAUGAAACAGAGUUCCCCUUCAUGGGGGACUUGGCAAAUCUUGUCAAAGGACAACAUUAUGAGAUUCAUCAGCAGGAGAAUUCAUGCUGAAUCAACAAAUUUCCUCCCCCAACUUUCCAAGAGAGAGGAAGCCAAUUAGAAUUUAUUCUACUUAUUGCUUCCUUUUAAUCGUUCACUCACUCCCGUUAAAUCUUGUAAUAAUAAUAAGAAUAAAUAGGAAUCUAUCUAGUUUAACUUUAUACAUAAUAGUUCUAGAUCCUCAGUCCUCAUCUUCGAUCAUCCCUAAAAUGGAUGUCUUGUGCAAAGUAACACGGACGUACUAAUUCUCCUUGUUUUGUCAUCUUUACUGUUUAUAAUGCGUAAAGUAAAAUUCAUUAAAAAAAUUA